AUGCAGAUAGCAGGCACAGAUUUCAUCGAACACAACAACACUAGCAGCUCUACGCAGCCACAUAUUAGACAAGUGUAUAAGAUCGACCCUCCCCCUGAUGGUGUGUUCCCUUCUGAAGCUGCAGCGGAGGACGUGAUCCACAAGAUGACGUUGUCAAGGCGCUUUAAUAAGUGGAAAACCAAAAAAUAA